UUUGUUCUUGUUCUUGUUCUUGUUUUUCUUUGUUAAGAAAACCAAUCUCAUUUCAACCUUCACAGUCAACUCGGCUGCAAUGGCUGCCAGUGCUCGCUCCAUCUUCAUCUCACUUACUAGGAAUAGUCGAAACCGAACAACAGGAGUAUCUAGAUCGUUGUCUUCGUCGAGUGCUUCUAGGGAAAACGAAAUCGAUUCUGUUGACUCACCAGAUUCGUUGGUAGUCGCUGAAAAUAUCGAGAAUGAUGAUCUCAAGAGUCAGAUUAUUAGGCUCAGGCUCCCUAAGCGUAGCGCCACCACCGUCCUUGAAAAAUGGGUUUCUCAAGGCAAGCAGUUAACUGGCUCCGAUCUUCGUGACAUAUCCAGAGAGCUUCGGAAAUUCCAGCGCUACAAACAUGCUCUCGAGAUAUCAGAGUGGAUGAUCGCUCACAAAGAAUUCGAAGUAUCAGACUCCGACUUUGCAACUCGCAUAGAUUUAAUGACAAAGGUUUUUGGUAUCGAUUGUGCCGAGCGCUACUUCGAAAGUCUACCUCCCAAUUCAAAAACAAGCGAGACCUACACAGCCCUCCUCCACGUUUACGCAAGUUCAAAACUCGUCGUACAGGCCGAGGAUCUAUUCGACAGAGCUCUGGAAUCAAACGUGCCCUUAAACGCCAUCACAUUCAAUGAGAUGAUGACUUUAUACAUGUCGGUUGGACAGGCGGAGAAGGUUCCAUCAAUUGUGGAAGAAUUGAAGCUUCGAAAGGUUGAACCAGAUCUAUUCACUUAUAAUCUUUGGAUAAGUUCUUGUGCUUCUACCAUGAAUAUUAAAGAGGUGAGAACGAUACUCAAUGAAAUGGUUCAUUUCUACGGGUCGAAAGAAGAUUGGGUUAGGUACAUUGAUUUAGUCAAUGUUUACCUUAAUAUAGGAAACUUUGACAGUAUUGGAUCGUCGUCAAAUUCUAUGGUGGGAAGUGAAAAGGGAAUUACACAAAGAGAAUGGAUAACUUAUGAUUUUCUUGUGAUUCUGUUUGGGGGAUUCGGAAACAAGGAUAAGCUCGAUCAGAUUUGGAAAUCGUUGAAGAUGACUAAACAGAAAAUGAUUGGAAGGAACUACACUUGUAUCAUUUCGUCUUAUUUGAUUCUCGGGUAUUUGAAAGAGGUUUCGGAGAUAAUUGAUGAAUGGAAACAAUCGGGCGAAACACAGUUCGAUAUUCAUGCGUGUAAAAGACUUUUGAAAGCUUUUGCGGAUGUGGAGAUGGUCGAAACUGCGAAAAAUUUUCACCAGGUUUUAACUGAUCAGGGAUGUUAUACAAAUGAAUUAUAGAU